AUGAUGAAUCUAUCAUGGCUCAGCGCGGCACUUGGGGUAGGCCUCUUACUCUCUGAUGGAGCCGUGGCAUCCCCAGGACACAGACAGUCUUCAAUCACUCCAUACCGCAACAUUGACGUCUGUCCUGAACGAUGCAGCAUAUCCGGCCCCAACACAGGCAACUGGUCUGUGUACCCCAACUUCAAGAAGAUCCGGAAAUGCCAACAGACCAUGUUCUAUGACUUCUCCCUGCACGAUCCCGUCGACGACCAGGCAGACAAUCACCGCAUCUAUGCCUGCUCGUCGUUCGGUCCCGACUUCUCGCGCAUGCCCCCGUCGUCGAAUGAGAAUGCCCGGAUUUCUGCUGCUUCCGCUGAGUCCGUGGACGUUGAGUUUGAGAUUGGAUGGUGGCAGGGCGGCUACGGCCUGGCGUCCGCGGGUAUUCACUCCCUCGUCCGGCAGAUCCGCAAGUAUGCUGAGAAUGGACAUGGUGCCAGCACGGACAGACCCUUCAUCAUCUACGGCCGGUCUGGUCAAGCUAGCAUCGGUCUUUAUAUUGGCCAGGGUCUGCUGAAUCAGGGCCUCACCGAGUCUGCUCUCGCGAUUCUUGAGGAUAACCUUGACAACCUCAAUGUCUCGUCGCCAACCUUGGCCAUGCAGCUCUGCGAGCCACACUAUGACAGUACCCAUGUCUUCGGUUUCAUGGCUACCAGUGACAGGACCUUCGCUCCUAUCCAGAGUGCUAUCAAGUCGUGGUCCAACGCGACAUGUCUGUCGUUCUCUGGCUCUACCAAGUACCCUGGCACAGCUAAAUUCAUCACGCGGCUACUAGGUGCAAGCAACAGCACGUCUCUCCAGACUCGAGAAAUCCACGCCCGUGCUGAUGGCAAGUGCAGCACCGUCCAAGUCGACGCAGGGACCGGCUGUCCCGAGCUCGCCGAAAAGUGCGGUAUCUCGGCUGCUGACUUCACCAAGUACAACCCGGGGAAAGAUUUCUGCAAGAACUUGAAGCCCAAGCAACACGUCUGCUGCUCUAGCGGAGACCUCCCAGAUUUCUCCCCCAAGCCUAACGAGGAUGGCUCGUGCAAAUCGCAUCAGGUCGCGGCGGACGAGAACUGCGAUAACCUCGCUGCUGAGUAUAGCCUUACAAGGCAGGAUCUCGAGGAUUUCAACAAGAAUACCUGGGGCUGGAACGGAUGCGAACCCUUGUACAAGGAUACCAUCAUUUGUCUGAGUAAAGGGACACCACCAUUCCCUGCCCCAAUCGCCAAUGCAGUCUGCGGUCCGCAGAAGCAAGGAACUAAAGCCCCAGCUGAAAGUAAUACGGAUAUUGCAGACCUAAACCCCUGUCCGUUGAACGCCUGCUGCAAUAUCUGGGGCCAGUGCGGCAUCACCAGGGACUUUUGCAUCGACACCAACACCGGUGCACCCGGGACAGCAAAGAACGGUACCUACGGGUGUAUCUCGAAUUGCGGUAUGGACGUCGUCAAGGGCGACGGGAGCGGUGAUAUCAAAAUCGCCUACUACGAGGGCUACUGCUUCAGCCGAGACUGUCUGUUCCAAGACGUUUCACAGAUUGACACUUCGGCGUAUACUCACAUCCACUUCGGGUUUGGGACGCUGACAGCGGACUAUGAAGUCGAGACUGGUGAUGCGCUGUCCUCGUACCAGUUUAGUGAAUUCAAACGCAUUUCCGGCGUGAAGAAGAUCCUCUCAUUUGGGGGGUGGGAUUUCUCGACUAUGCCUGAGACUUAUAAGAUUUUCCGGGAGGGUGUCACGGCUGCGAAUCGGAAGAAGCUGGCGACCAAGAUCGCGGACUUUAUUAAAGAGAAUAAACUUGACGGGGUCGACAUUGACUGGGAGUAUCCUGGCGCGCCUGAUCUUCCUGAGGACGAUCCUGGGAGUCCUGACGAGGGGAAGAAUUACCUGGCUUUCCUUGUUGUUCUUAAGAAUCUCCUACCCGGGAAAUCGGUUUCCAUUGCUGCGCCUUCAUCGUAUUGGUACUUGAAGCAGUAUCCCAUCCAAGAGAUAUCAAAGGUCGUGGAUUAUAUUGUCUAUAUGACAUAUGACCUCCACGGGCAGUGGGACGCCAACAACGACAAUGCAUUCGAGGACUGUGACGCGGGCAACUGCCUGCGCAGCCAGGUAAACCUGACCGAAACCAAGCAGUCGCUAGCCAUGAUCACCAAAGCCGGCGUUGCGGGCCAGAAGGUCGUAGUUGGGGUGACGAGUUACGGACGCUCGUUCAAGAUGGCCGAGGCAGGCUGCUGGGGUCCUCAGUGUCAAUACACGGGGGACCGUCUAAACUCCGAUGCGAAGAAGGGCAAGUGCACCGGCACGGCUGGAUAUAUUGCAGACGCUGAGAUUGCUGAGAUCAUGAAGGACGAAAGCCGUAUUGUCAAGACCUUUGUGGACUCAAGCAGCAACAGCGAUAUUCUUGUCUACGACGAGACGGAGUGGGUGGGGUAUAUGAGCGCCGCGACGAAGAAGUCUCGCACAAGUCUAUACAGCGCGUGGGGUCUCGGAGGGACUUCGGACUGGGCCAGUGACUUGCAAACAUACCAUGAUGUGCCCCAGCCGGCGACAAGCUGGGGCUCGUUCAUCCAGCUGGCCAAGGCCGGAGACGAUCCCAAGACAGACCAUUCGCGGAAUGGCAACUGGACGGAUAUGAACUGCGUGAAUGAAUUCACUGUGGAUAAAUUAGACUACUUUCCGUGGGAGCGGUGGAGCGAGUUGAAUGCAAAUGCGGCAUGGGACGACAUUGUGAGGAUUUGGAAGGAUACAGACUCCAACCGGCCGAAUGUCAAGUUCAUGGAGUCGGUCUCAUCGACGCUGCAUAUCGGCUCGGAUGCAAACUGCGGCCAACUGGUUGAUGAUAGCUGUGUUGCGAAGGACUGUGACAAGGGCUUUGACAGUGAUACGUCUGGCCCUGCUGGCGAGCUGAUCUGGAACUCGCUGGUGAAGGUGCACAAUGUGUUCAAGGACUAUCAUGACACCCUAUUCGAGGUUGCUGCGAUUACCGGCACGGCACUCAAGGACUUUGAGAAUACCUUUGCGCCCAUUUCCCCGGAGAAAGACAACGAACCGAUCCUGGUGCUCAUUGACCUCCUGACGGUGGGAACCCUCACGGCUGCCGGGCCCUUCUUCAACAGUUUUUUGAAAAGGCUGCCCUACUUCGUCGCCAAGGGCAGCAAGCUGGACAACAUCAAGGACACGACAAUGACCCUGAUCGGCCAAUCCACCACCAUCGCCAAGGACGUUCUACCGGAUGGUGACGACUCUCCUUGGACGCCCGAGAAGCAGGAUUCGUUCUCUAACUAUAUGGGCCAGAUUGUCGACGGUUGGGCCAACGUCACCUCAGUAGCUCUGAAACGGAUUUUUGACGGCAGCCCGGACUCGCUCGACGUGCUCUGGGACGCCAUGUCCGACGGCAAACUCAUCGAGGGCAAAUCCAAGAGCGGAACCUCCUCCUCCUCCUCCUCCGACGAAACCGACGAGACUUCCGAGAACGCCAAAAACGAACUGAGGGCCAAUAUACAGAAGACUUUUUACGGGUUCGCUAUACCGGCUAUCUGGCGGGCCUCAAAGACCUACGCCUUCAUCCUGGACUCGGGAUACGACUGCGAGGAGGACCACCCGGCGAGUGACUACCUGAAAGACGACACCAUGGACGCCACGGGGGCCUGUGUUGAUGGACGCCGCUACUACCUCGUCCAUCCUGAUGGAAACUACAAAAUCUUGGAAUCCAGUUGUGAAGGUGGUGACGACAACUGCGCCACCGACAGAUUCGUGCGCAACAAGUUCUCCAGGCCGCCGGGCCUGACCUCCCUCGGUGGUGAGGACCGCAACUUUGGUGGCAUCACAAAGGAAGACCUCAUUAAAGGCUCCGUGAAUACCUGGAAGCAGAAUAACAAGGUGAACAAGGAGGGCAAGACGGAUACCUCGAGCAGCGGCGCAAUCGACAAACUGCUCGACGUGGACGUCACAGCGGCAGGCGCCGUGCGGCUCCCGGUCUGCUCUCCCGAGCGCGCCUUUCAGUCGUGGGAGACAGCCAAGAAGGGCUCGUCGGAGUUUUUCCCCUGCGAUAUUCCCCCCGGUCUGAGUACGUGCGGCGACUCGUCGUUUGUGGAUCAGACGAGUGGGGGCUCGCCAAAGGUGGAGGACUGUCGCCAGAUUAUCAAGAAUAUCCGGGGGGAUGCCAGCACGAAGUGGACGACGCAGGUGGUGGGCAAGAACCAGCGCGAGAUUGCGCACCAUGCCUCGUGCCGGUUUGGGGUUGAGGCGACCAAGGUUAACGGCAAUGUGAACUUUGCUGUGGGGGGCCAGGAUGUCAUUGAUAUCAUCAAUGAUACGAUUGAUAGAUUUGGGAAUUCGGAUGGGAGGGUUGGCGCGAAGGGAGAUAUGAAGUGUAAUGGGAAUACGAAGCAGCAGGCUGUGAAGUGGGGGAUUUAUUGA